GCGGCCGGGACCGCGCUGAGGCAGGGCCGGCGUCCGGCACCGACCGCGGCGCAGCUCCGGUCUGGGGGCGGCGGGCCCGGGGCGCUGAAUGGAGCCCAGCGGGCAGGGCGGCGGGGCGGCGCGGGGGCAAAACCUCCCCGGCGGCCGCCGCCACCACCGCGCGGGUGCGGGGCGACGCGCUGCUGUGGAUAGAGCUUUAACAUUUCAUUUUGAAUGGGAUUUAGAAGAAGAACGUCGGGCAUUGAAAGAAGAUCAAAAAAUAUGUAGGAGUAGGGCACAGAAAUACUUGGUAGAGACAAACAGAAGAAGAAGAGCCUUUGAAGAAAGACAGAAGCAAGAAGAAGAAAAAGAACAAAGAUUUAGAGAACAAGUUCUGCAGCAGAGGAAAAUUAAACUUCAGGAAGCAACUGAUAAGUUCCAGCGUGCUCAUCUGCCUUUUUCUCAGCACAAGCAAAUAGUCCAGACAAAAGCAGCUUUUCAGUUAGAAGAAGCUCUUGAACAAAUUAAAGGAUCAGUUUUAACACCAGGACUGUCCUUGCCCAGCAGAAACAGAACCAACUUCGGAACCACAGAUGACACAUCAUCCUCAUCAGCUCCUAGAAAAGGUUCUUUCCAUCAGAAGCAGAUUUCAGCGAUGGUUGGCUGGGAUAAAACAAUACAAGAGAGCAGUAGAAUGAAUGUGGAUAGUAACCGACUUCUCUUCCAGAAAAAUGUGAAAGAAAUACAACAACUCCUUGAAAAACAGCAUCUCAGCAACUUGGAGAAUUUUCAUCAGGAUGUCAAGAAAACAGAUGAUUCAGAAAGCCUGUCAAGCCUUGACAGUCUUGAGGCUGGAGAACAAAAUGGAAAUUACACAACACUGAGUGAAUCAUCUUUGACUACACAGUGUGACUGUGCCCUGUACAAUCCAGAAAAAUCACAGACUAGGAAUAAUGGUUUGCUUUAUACAGCUCAAAGUACUUCUAAAAAUACGCAUCUAAAUAAUUGUCUGAGAAAGGUAGAUUCGCAAUACUACCACAACUUACCUAUUCAUGAUAUUUUAGCUAAAAAUAAUGUUCUAACUUCUGCUGAACAUGUAAACAGUUCAGAAGAGGAAUCAUCUGCUUCUCACAGAUCUGAAAAAAAACCUGCAGAGUUCUCUACCUCUGGUAAGCAAGAAAGCUCUGUAAGUAAUGCAUUCAGGUUUCUGCAAAAUAUAAAAGAAGAAAGAAGCAAGCCAUCUUCUGGAAGGGCUAGCACAUUAGCCACUGGUCAUCCUGUUCUCAAUCCUAGCAAAGCCUGGGCCAGCCCUGAUUCUAUUCCAGGAGAAAGAGUUCAGGAUCUGAUGCAAGAUCAAAGUUUUAAAAUGACCCCACAAAAAAGAACUAUAUCUAUGCAAACCUCCAGUCAACCUAUUGCAACAUCUGUAAUCUUAUUUCCUAAUCAGGGAUGUUCCACUGGCAUUCCUAGCACAGCUGAUACAUUACCAAAGGACAAAAACAUCAUUACAGAGUUUUUAAAAAAUACCUCAGGAAAAAUGACUGAAACAAAAGAAGGAAAUAUUAAAUGUAUUGAUGACAUUAAUCCAGGAUCAUCUUUAUUUCAGGGCAUACCAAAUGCCUCAGUUCUGUGUGAUGUUAAGAAACAGAAUGACAAAGAGGAAGAAAAGGGAAAUAUGGUUGAAACUAUGUCACUGGUGUCUGAUACAGAGUUCAGUUCUGGCACUCCUGCACAGCACAAAACCCUGACGAACAAUAUUCUUGAAAGAAAAAGAGCAAAGUUAUUCAGAAGUAUCUUAAAGAAGGAUUCUAAAUAUGUACCCAGUCAUUUCAAAGCUGUGGUUAUGAACCACGGGAUCAGUUUUGGAACUAGACCCAUGUCUUCUAUCAGAGACAGUUUAGAACUGGCAAAAAUAAAGAAGAAAAGUGCAGAAAAUGAAAAAUACAAUAGAAAGCUAAGAUGGUGUGAUCAAAUUAACCAGAUAAUAAUAGAAAAUAAUGAAAAAGACUAUGGAAAAAACACCAGUGAAAUAUCUUCUGCACAGCUGCAAUAUGUUCAAACUACAAAUAAUGCUCCUAAGACUAAUUCAAGUAUUGUUGCUCAACCUUCAAACCCCAUGUUCAUAAAAAAUCAUCAGGAAAACUCUCAUAUAUCAAAACCAAAUGUUAAUACUGAAGAAUCAAAUAAAGAAUGCAUGCCUCUGAAUAUAUUUAUGUCUACUGGAUCCUUUCCUGCUGAAAAAGCUUGGAUGUUAUCAAAAGAGGAAGAAAGUAAACCCCCAGUAUGUAGUAAUAAUUCUAAAGUUAAUGAAGGUAAUCAACUCAAAAAUAAGGCAAAAAUAACUGGAAGAACAACAUCUGUAACAGCCCAGUCAAGUUUUAUGCCCAAGAAGAGAACAGGCACUAUAAUCCAACCGCAGUCAGCUGCUGAAGCCAACAAAACUCGAAAAGCUCCAGGGAAAUUGCUAGCACCUCACCCACCAUCCGCACCUCUGCCGGGAAACAGAAGUGGCAAAAACGCAGCCAGCCCUGGGUGUCAGCCACUGCCGCCUUCAGCCCUUCAAGCUACCGCUACAAGCAGGAAUGAUUUAAAUGAAAGGCAUGUUGUGUUAGCAGAUCGAGUUUUAAAUAGAAAUGGUACAGAAAACAGUGAGAGUAUUACUUGUCGUUCUGACUUGGCCACUGCGAUAUCUACACCUGGCUGCAGCACGGCCAAAUACGAACCUUGGGCAAAAAAUACUUGUUCUGUAAAUAGCAUUCAGACAAGUGUCUGUCAAAAUCAUCCAGCAACCUGCACUGAAAGAAGACCUGUUAACGCAGAAAAUGGAUUACAUCUCCAUCAUAUCCCAGCAGCUGGAAAAACAAGUACCUCCUGGCAAGGAGCGCAUACUGCCCGAGCUCCAAAAGACCUUGCUAUUGGUGCUAUUCAGCACCAUGUGUCACAUUACAAUAAUUCACAUAUAGCUAAAUGGCAACCUUUUAAAGCUAAUGUGUCCCAUGUUACCACUGAUGGCAGCAGCCAGAUGACUAGUUUCAAGUCUGCUUCUAGGAUCAAUGAAUUGUGUUCUUUUCCUGCAAAUGGUAUUGCCCCUGUUACAAGACAAAAACAGGUUUUUGACAACCAUGAGAAUAAACACAGAGGUUUUUCAGAACACAGAAGACAAAGCAUAGCCUCUAAAAGAUGGAAGCCUACUCAUCAUGCGCAGAAUUCGUUAUGUACUGUCCAGCUGAGUCCUGUUCAAUCUGCAUUUGAUCCAGUACAAAAUAUGAAUAACACCUAUAAGUCUGAUGAAGUUUCAGAAAGCACUGUUCAGUUUCUUAUGGCAGAAAAACUAGCGAGUACACCCAUUGCAGAGGAUGAAAUCCUGGCAGCUAUGGAAAGUGUGCAACCAGAUAGACAGCCCUUACUGCUUCACAGGGCUCCACGUCCAGGCAUGAGUACGCUUUCAGUAGAAGAACAGAAGAUUUUCCAGUCUCUUGAUCGUCUCGAUCAAAGGCUACAAAAUGUUCAAGAAGCCAUCACCAGAAACCCAUCUGCUGCAAGUGUUUUGCAGAUAACCACGCCUUUAAGUAUUCAGCAAUGUAUAUCCUCCCCUUUGGUGAGCACUACAAUAGCCUCACAGCAGUACCAGAAUGCCUCAGCUAGCAAUCGAUUGCAAUUGUACAGGAGAUACUGACAUUAUCUGCUUCAGGAUAUUGCAGCUCUAUGUACUUUAUAAGUAAUAUGUAUACUAUUUAACACUAUAAAAUUGGCAACAAAAUAAAGACGAAAGCAGUAACUCAAAUAAUGAAUGUCAAUUAACUGGUAAGCAUUUUGGGGAUAAUUAUGUCUAUUUUAUUAUGCACUUUAUUGUAAAAUUAAAAGAAUGAAAAUAUGUCACAUUUUUAGUGUUUGUAUUGUUUGUGUAAAUUUCCUGUACCCAUAAUUAAAGUGAAAGGAAAACAAAUAUUUUGCUACUUAGAUUAUGUGUAAACUACUUUCCUAACUUCUUGAUUUUUUUAAGAUUCGCUAAUAGAUUCUAUUACACUUGUAAAAUAUAUAUUGUAAAAGUUAUUUGAUAUCAGUAAAUAAUACCUGGACUUUCACCUUUUAUCUUUAUAUUGGUGUCUGUAUUGCAAAUUAUUGCAGACUGUGUGUUGCCCUUAUUCAGUAGCUACAUCUGAUGGCUCUAAAACUGACUGUGCUCCCAACAUCAUACUUCUCCUAGCAUAUGCUCCUGCAGGUCUUGCUGAAUUUGUUGGAGAUUCCUGUUCUCCAGAUUUUCCCAACAACAUUUAUCAACACUUGCACUUAAAGAGGAAUUCUUCCUCAGCUCCUCAUGUAAAGAACCCCAGGCUGAAACUGUCAGAAAAUUAGAAAGAAAGGUGCUUUGGAAGGAAACAUACAACUAAUGGUAUGUAGAUGCACUUUCACUGAAGCACAUAGGUAAACCUCUCUACAUCAAUGUCAGCUUUAGGCUAAACCAACUAUUCUAGAAACACAAAACCAUAAGUACCCAGCUAGCUCAUCAGCAAAUGUUGGCUUUUGGUUUUCCUGAUUGACUUUACCUUUGUAAUCACUAUUACAAAAUCUCUACAUAAAAGGAAGCAAAGUGGGGACAACAGGCCUGGAGAUGAGGACUCCAUUCCUGUGUUUAAGACACCCAGGUGGAGCCAAAGAUUAGUAUUUUCUGCAUAAGGACAUAUAUAGUCUAAGAACGUGUCUGAGUGUCUUUCUGCAGAGCUAGAUGCACUUGCAGAUGUCUUUGCAAGUAGUUAGGUUGGAGAGACGGAUUGGUUUUGGCAGUCUUGGAUUGGCAGAUUAUACAUUGAUCCCUCAAUUUUAGAUGCGUCUGUAGCAUGAUGAUUAACUUGUCAACAGAUUUGACGUGUUUGGUGAUAAACCUGUCUGCAUUGUUAUGUCAGUUCUAGAUUAAAGGCCUUUAGUUAGUUAACUAGCAUGAUACCUCAAUCUGUGAAGUUAGUUAAUUGCUAAGGAGUGGUAACUUUUUAACUUCCUCUCUUUGCUCUUCCUCUGCUGUUUCAGUACAUAGUAGAUAAAUAGUGAAACAAGCUGUAGAAGGUAUAUAC